AUGGCACGAUUAAACUACACUGCAAGAAAAAUCAGCGGUGUCAAGGCUGGUCUAGCUGUGAAGAAGGAUUUAGCCAAACGCAUUCCCACAACGCCAACCUUCAAAGUCCGGGAACCUGUCCUCGAAAUCGACAUCUCAGGCAAAGAAUUGACAGACGAUGGCUUCAACGAAUUCAUACUCGAUCUUCGUGUUGCCUUGCAAUCCGCAAGCCCCGAAUAUCCCCAAGGCGUCAACAAAUUACAAGAACUACACCUAAAAGGAAAUCGACUGACCAUCAACGCCCUCGUGGAGCUCGCUAAAAUUAUCAAUCUCAGCUCACGGGACCUCAAAGAGCUCGAUAUCUCGAACAAUGAGAUCAGCAUCGUUACUGUGUCUGACGCGCAGAAAUGGAAGUAUUUCUUGCAGUCUUUUGGGCAGUGCUGUGUGAUGAAGAAGAUUGAUUUCAGUGGAAAUGCUUUGGGAACGCGAGGUAUUGAGAUUUUGGCGCGGGCAUAUAUUCGUAGCGAGCUCGACUUUGUGGAGGUUGUUGAAUUGGAGGAGGAGGAGGAGGAGGAGGAUGGGGAUGUUCCUGAGGAUUUGAUGCGGGAGCACUCCUCGAGACGUGAUCAUGAGACUGCUGUUACUGAUCAGGGAACGAAGACAGCUUCUCGACGAGGCUUACCCCAGGCAUCUGCAACCAAGCACCAUAUUCUUACUGACGCGGAACUUCGACGCUACGCCUGCACCCGCGGCCUACGCUCAGUUCCAUAUCUCAUCCUCCAAGAUGUCGGCAUGACUAACGGAGCGAUCGUCCAUCUUGCCGAAAUGCUUAGACUCCAUCGCGCCCCAGAAAAUCUUUUGUCAUUUCUUCCUGGAGGUAAACCACCUGUUCUUCCGCCGACCGAGCGGGGCCCCUGUGGUAUUUAUUGGUUGCCAAACAGUGGUCUCAGCAUCUUAUCGCUUCGACUCAUGCAGCUCACGGAAGAGAUAAAGGAGUCCGCGGCUGAGGCUGAUUCCGAGGACGAGCUGAUAGAGGAUUUUGAUGGCCUGGACAUAGAUUUAGAUUACGAAGAAAUUGAGCGUGCUCACGAAGAACAAGAGCGUCGUCGCCGCCACCGCCAGAAAUUGACUGUCAAUCUUGGCCGCACUAUCAGUCAGCAGCGGAUCCAUGUAUUAGCUACUGAGGGACUCCUACAGUCAGUUCUGUGGCAUUGUGCUCUGCGCAUGUUGGCGGUUGCCCGUACUAUUUUGCUGGACUACUUGAAUCGUCCACGCCCGGUCGAGGAUGAAUUGAUCGCGGCCAGGAAGGCACGACAAGCCGCAAUGCCUACAACCCUAGUCGCUCGAGCACGAUCACCAUUUGGCCGACCAUAUCAUACAGGAGCAAUCCUAGGAGCUCAGACCGAAUAUCAAAUGCUGAAACCUCGAGAGCGUGUUGGAUCACCGCCUCGGCGAACUUUUGAUCCAGUAGAAUCGGGUUUAAGUGUACCAACGUCAGUUCCGCCGAUUGUGAUGCCAGAAUCAUUGGCACAUCGACAACAUCGUAAUCCUACUCCACGUGGGGCACUGAUCUCUUCAUUCCGGUUUAAUCCUCAAUCCUCAACUUUUGAUGUAAUGUUUCCAGCGAUGCAUCAUCCGUCCGAGAAUACAUUGAUGCAGACCAAUCCUCCACCGGUCGCCUCAGCAAUGCCAAAUUACCCGCGUGGUGUUCAAAAAGACUUGGAUUUUGAGCAUAUCUCCAAAAACGGCGCUAAAUCUGUCGGCAACGGCAACAACCAUCCAGCUUCGACCUCUCCACCCGGUCGCAACGGCAAGAAACCAGCGGCAGCGGAAGCGACGACCGACAACUAUCGCUCCAAAUACCAAUUCGGUCUCCCAUUACAUCUCUGGCAACGCAUCAUCACCGAGUCGAUGGGCGUUUACAAUAUCUUGCAUCUCGACCAGCGGACCAAAAUCAUAAACUAUGCCGCUAGCUGGAGCGCACUCGAGGCAGAGAUGUCCAUCAAUGGCGCGGCGGAGCAUCAGCAAAUCUGGAAAAUUCUUGAUUGCAUCGAUUGCUUCACAUAUAAGCCUUUGUCUUGA